AUGGCCGAAAUAUUAAAUAUUCAACAACCGAUAAUUUUUGAUGAGUCAAUUGCACACUAUGAAGCGCAUGCCCAUCUUCCAUAUGCUUCAUCAACAUUCAACAACAGCGAUGAAAUCAGAAUUGCUGUUCAACAUCAAGAUCUGUGCUUACUUCCGAGUAAAAGUACAUUACAUAUUUAUGGAAAAUUAACCAAGGCUGAUGGAACAGCUGUUAGUGCAACUACACAAAUGGUCAGCAUGGCAGUUUGUCAUAUGUUUGAAGAAAUACGCUAUGAACUCAAUGCUGUCGAGAUUGAUCGAAACAAAAAUGUUGGCAUCACGAGUCUCAUGAAAGGAUACGCAUCUCUGAGUCCUGCACAACAAAAUACACUGGAAAAUGCCGGAUGGAUUAUAGCUGGAAAUGUUAACAAAUUGCACAAUGACCAUGGCUACUUUGAUGUAUCUGUACCCCUGAGUCUUCUACUUGGAUUUGCUGAAGAUUACCAAAAAGUUAUCAUUAACGCUAAACAUGAACUUAUCUUAAUACGAUCAAAUGCUGAUUUGAAUGCCUACGUUGUAGCUGCACCAGCUGCUGGGGCUAAUCCUGAAGCUGUUAAAAUAACUUUGCAAAAAAUCGAGUGGAUUGUACCGUAUGUGACUAUGUCAGACAAACAAAAAAUUCAAGUGUUGAAUUUUAUCACAAAUGAUCCAGCUAUAUCAAUCAGUUUUCGUGCUUGGGAGUUGUAUGAAUAUCCAUUGUUACCGAAUACUUCAAAACACAUUUGGACAGUCAAAACAUCAACGCAACUUGAGAAGCCUCGAUUUGUAAUCCUAGGAUUCCAGACUGAAAGAAAAAAUGAUGCUACUAAAAAUGCCAGCGAGUUUGAUCAUUGUGAUAUCAGAGAUAUAAAAUUAUUUUUAAACUCUCAGAGUUAUCCUUAUGGGAACUUAAAUCUAAAUAUUGCUAAUAAUCAGUAUGCCUUACUGUAUGAUAUGUACAUUAAUUUUCAAAUCAGUUAUUACGGUAAAGAACCUGAACCACUGCUGAUGAAAAAACAAUUCCUUGAAAAAGCACCAUUGUACAUUAUUGACUGUUCGAAACAAAACGAAUCGAUUAAAUCGGGGCCAGUGGAUAUACGGCUGGAAUUUGAAUCGGUAAAUCAGUUUCCCAACCAGACAGCAGCUUACUGUUUAAUUAUUCACGAUCGAAUUAUAGAGUAUAAUCCCAUAAGCAGCAGUGUUAGAAAACUAAUAUGA